AUGUCGCGUAUCCUCACAUUUGCAACAACAAAUAUACCCGCGAGCACUAUCAGACAACUCCAAGAAGAGAGCACCAUUCCAGAAUAUGCAUUUAAUCUCUUCUGCUUCAUACAUACCCCCGACCAAGAAGAGGUGCAAGUAAAGGGAACCCCUCCUGCUGAAGAUAUCGUGACUGGUUUCGAAGGCCAGAGUGAGGCGCAAAUUCGCCAAUAUUUUCACCAAUUUCUCGCACAGAGGGGCACAAUGGGCAAGAUCACAAGGGUUUGGUUCGCUGUGCUAGAUGCCCGAUCAGCUGCACAAUCUACGAUUGUUUUGCAUCACAGCAUGAAAAAAUCGCUCUGGGAUGAAAUCCAUGCAGAGGUCCCCGAAACGCCCAUCCCGGGGCAACAUGAAAUCUGUGAUGAUGGCAAUAUCUGGUGGAAAUGGAGGGUAGCGUUCCGGUACGCCUGGGCAGCUUGGAAUUCAAUUUCCAGUUGUGAUUUCGAGGUCUUGGAGCUGUAUUCGCGACCAGAAUAUUUGGGCUCAGACGGAGUUGUUGAUGCUGAGACUUGUGAUAAGAUUGUGAAUGGGAUAGCAAAGGAUCCAAAGGGAUUGGUCUAG